UUCCAGCGUGGACACAGCUGAUUUCCACCAUGGUGACUGCAGGCUUCUUCCUGAGAGUUUCCAUCUUUGCCUUGUUGACUGUGGCAGCAUGUGGCUAUCCCCAGAAAGGGACUCACUCCACGGGCCACAGCAGCAGUGGAGCAAAUCCUGCAGCUGGCUAUACCUCUUACCAGGGAGGAGCCCCUAGCUUUGCAGCUGCACCAUACCAUGGUGUCGGAGGUGCUUAUGGGGGUGCGUAUGUGCCAAGUUCCAGUGUGUAUCAGCCUGUCCUGGCUGCUCCAGGAUUCAGCAGCUCUGGUUCUCCAGCUGCAGUGCAAGCUGCUGGUGUGUCUCCAGCGGCUCAAAUGGGUCCAGCAAGCACCUUGAUGGCCGGCCUGCCAGGGGCGGCAUACGUCACCAGCCCUCAGCUGUAUGUGCCUGUGGCAGAAUACAAUGCUGGAACCCAGGAUGAACCAGAAACCCAGUGGACCGUUCCUACUACCGUUUUCUCCGAGGCUGGAUCAGCUGGCACACAGGCCGUCGGUGACCUUCCUUCAGCCCGUCCUGCACCACGUGGACCUACCCUCCAGUCUGGAGAGACCUCCAGUGUGGUCAAGGAAGCUGAGCUGGGGAACUACCAGCAGCAGACGGAAGAUUUUGGCUACCCUGACCUGGCAGGGUCUGGACAGGGGUUCGGACAAGGGUUGGCAACUGUGCUUGUGCCAGGCGUUCAGAUGGGUGGCUUCCGCCCUGCGUCUGCUGGCAGGUUUGACAGGAUGCUCCUGUAUGGCUUGUACCCUCCUGGAUCCUACAGCAGCUUCAGCCAGCACCAUGAAGCAGGCAAAGACUACUCUCAGGCCAUCCACUACUUGAAGGAGCACGUUACUGAAAGCCAUGGUUCGGGUCAGCAGAAGAAGUUCUUCCAAGGUGCCCACUAGAGGUGGGCUCCAGGUGUCUUAUGGCUCUGAUCCUUUGGCUCCUUUCAGCUUGGAGGUUGGAUGAUUUACUGCAUGAUUUUAAUCCAAUAAAAUCCUGUUCACCA